AUGUGCAAUGCUAAGUUCUUGUCUAAACAUUACAAGAAUAGAAUUACAGAACAGCCAAACAUUAGGAUUUUCAAGUUUCAGCAGUUGAUUAGGGAAGAACUUAAUAUACAUGUUGGAAAAACCCUUUGCAGGAGAGCUAGAGCUAAAGUACUCCAAGAAAUCAUGGGUGAUCAUGUGUUAGAGUUUGGAAGAAUAUUUGACUAUAGGGAUGAAAUGUUGAGGACUAAUCCUGGGAGUACUUGUGUUGUUAAGGUUGAUGACUCUGGUGAAAGUGGUGGCUGUAGGAAAUGUAUUGGUUUGGAUGGUUGUUUCUUAAAGGGAAUAACCAAAGGACAGCUAUUGGCUGCUGUUGCUAAAGAUGCUAAUAAUCAAAUGUUGCCUAUUGCUUGGGCUAUAGUGGAAUAUGAGAAUAAGAACACUUGGACAUGGUUUUUGAAAUUGUUGAUAGCUGAUUUGGGAAUGGGAGAUGGCAGAGCAACUACCGUGAUAUCGGACAUGCAAAAGGGGCUUCAAUCAGCUAUGAAAGAAUUGUUACCCUUUGGUGGAGCACAGGAUGUGUGCAAGACAUAUCCUAGCCAACUGGUCAAAAGAAUGGAGAGGUCUUCAAAGAAGGAACCAAUUCUGGAAGUGUGCAAAAAGCACCUUUGA